AUGACAACAAGAGCGCACCGUAUUUUGAACAUGGUACCACCUAUAAAUGAUCCUCGAGAUGGACAGCAAUCUCCGUCAACCUUCGGACUUAGUGAAAUGGAUUCAAGUGACAUUCAGACUGACAAUAUUAUGUAUCAUGAAUAUGAGACUGAUGACGUUAAUUCUCUACCGGACAGUCAGUUUUCUUUAGAUAUUCUGAACUCCGAUGAAGAUAACGAAGAUAUUCAAGCAACGCCUCCAAAGCACAGAAUAUUCAAUAAACCAUCUUUAGUCAUCCAAGAAACAGACUCAGACAGUGACUCUUCCUCUGAUGAAUCUUCUACCUCGUCGAGCAGUUCUAGUUCUUCAAGUAGCUCCAGUUCUACAAAUAACCUAAAAGAUUUCUCUUCCGAUGAUAGUGUCAAAGAUCCUACGUAUGAAGAUCCAUUUUCUGAAAACCGCAAAGGCCAGUCAGAUUCCGAUGAAGAGCAACAACCACAAACACAGUUACCUAGCAUUCAAGAUUUUCCGCAAUCAGCCGUUAAUAACCAGCAGUUAUUUAAUAUUAAUUCACCAUCACCCACAGUUGAUGAUCAGCCACCUAGCGUUGACGAGCACCCAUCUAGCGUCGGCGAGCAGUCUCCUAGUGUUGAUGUUGAAUCACGCAGUAGGUGUCGUAAAAGAAAAGCAGAACCGCUCUUAUGGAAACGAAACCAGAGCAAGCUAUUGAAAAACAAAGAAUUUGUGCCGUGGGGAAGAACAAGUAGGAGCGAUGAUGGCAGUCUCGUUUGUCAAUUUGCAGAAGCUGACUGUUGGGCUAAUCGCGUUCAAAGAUGCGUUAUAAAUCUUCUCUCUAGAAAUCUUGAUGCUCAAGUUCAAUAUAUGGCGUGUGAAUUUUCUCUCUUCUCUGCACUUCGACAAAGAAGCUUAUCUUGUGCUCAAACUGUUGGACUUAGUUUAGUUGACGUGGAUUACUGUGUAUCAACGACAGGAGAUACGCUAGAAGCUCCAGCUGAAGAACUUUCAACCCAAGCUAUAGCUACUAUGAAUGCUAAUCCCUUUAUUAUUUUUAACAACAAUAUUGAUUUUAACCAACACUUCCAAGCAUUAUAUAGACUUGAAAGUACAAUUUGCUUUGCAUUAGCAGAUGAUCCUACAACAGGCAUCACACAUUGUAAAAUA